AUGACGACCAUCACCGUCCUCUUCUUCGCCCGCGCGCGCGAGCUCGCCGAAACAUCGUCCGCGUCCGUCGAUCUUGACGCCGACGCCUCACCGACCGUCGCCACGGCGCGCGCGCGUCUGCUCGAGCUCUACCCUCAGCUCGAGUCCGUCCUUCUCACCGCCGUGUUCGCGCUGAACCAGUCCUACGUCGACCGCGCGCGCGAGGCCGACACCGCGCUGAAGCCUGGAGACGAGCUCGCGGUCGUACCGCCGAUCAGCGGCGGCUGA